GUGAAAGGUAAACGUGUUUUGCAAUUUUUGUAGCAUUUGUGAAAUUUUUUUAAUUGGUUUCACAAGGAUUUUUUAGUAGUUAUAUUACUAGGAAAAUAAACUUUUGCUUAGAGGAAAUUUUGAAAAUUAUCUAAAAAUAUGGCACAAAUUUCACCUGAAGUUAAAAAAUCAAUUAUCACUAGGAACUUGCAAGAAGUUCUAGGAGAUGAUAAAAUGACAUCAAUACUAAAAGAAAGAGAUUUAAGAAUAUAUUGGGGAACAGCCACAACCGGCAAACCUCAUGUAGCAUACUUUGUUCCUAUGUCGAAAAUAGCGGAUUUUUUGAAAGCUGGUUGUGAGGUUACAAUAUUAUUCGCUGAUCUACAUGCAUACUUAGAUAAUAUGAAAGCACCAUGGUCUCUACUAGAACUUAGAACAAAAUAUUAUGAAGCAGUAAUUAAAGCAAUGUUAACAUCUAUUGGUGUUCCGUUAGAUAAAUUAAAAUUUGUACAGGGAACUCAAUAUCAACUCUCUAAAGAAUAUACUUUAGAUGUCUAUAAACUUAGUUCGGUGGUCACCCAGCAUGAUGCCAAAAAAGCUGGAGCUGAAGUUGUUAAACAAGUGGAGUAUCCAUUAUUAUCAGGUUUACUAUAUCCCGGACUCCAAGCGCUUGAUGAGGAAUAUCUUAAAUGCGAUGCACAGUUCGGUGGUGUCGAUCAAAGAAAAAUUUUCACUUUUGCUGAAAAAUAUUUGCCAGCACUUGGCUAUGAAAAAAGAAUUCAUUUGAUGAACCCAAUGGUUCCUGGAUUAGCUGGAGGAAAAAUGUCUUCUUCGGAAGAAGACUCAAAAAUUGAUUUGUUAGAUACCCCAGCAGCUGUUAAAAAGAAAUUAAAAAGAGCUUUCUGUGAACCAGGAAAUAUUCAAGACAAUGGACUACUAUCUUUCGUAAAACACGUUUUAUUUUCAUUAUUUAAAGAGGGUGAAGGUUUCCAAAUUUCUCGAAAGCCAGAAAAUGGCGGAGAUUUAUGUUUUAACACUUAUGAUGAUCUGGAAAAAGCAUUUGCAGAACAAAGUUUACAUCCUGGGGAUUUGAAAAGUGCUGUUGAAUUCUAUAUAAACAAAUUAUUGGAACCAAUCAGAAAAGAGUUCGAAAACCCAGAAUUAAAAAAACUAAGCGAAGCAGCUUAUCCAUCUGGAAAAACAAAUGGUUUAGCAAAACAAAAAUCUAAUACGCCUGCGGAUGUUGAAGAUGGACCCCAUAGAUUAGAUAUCCGCGUAGGAAAAGUUGUUGAAGCGAAAAAACAUCCGGAUGCAGAUACGCUCUAUGCCCUACAAAUUGAUGUAGGUGAACCAGUUCCAAGAAGUGUUGUCAGUGGUUUAGCAAAUUUUGUUCCCUUAGAAAGCAUGCAAGAUCGUUUAGUAGCCGUUUUAUGCAAUCUAAAGCCGUCCAAAAUGCGGGGUAUUGAAUCCAAAGGAAUGGUUUUAUGUACAUCAAAUACUGAGCAUACAGAAGUGGAGCCAAUUUUAGUUCCAGAAGAUUGUUCGGCUGGGGAAAAAAUUACUGUCGAAGGAUAUUCAGGGAAUCCAGAUGAACAAUUAAACCCAAAGAAAAAAAUCUGGGAAAAAUUACAAGCAGACCUAAAAACGAAUUCAGAUGGUGAAGCUGUUUGGAAAGACAACUUUUUAUUAACACCGAAUGGGCAAAAAAUCUUAAGUAGAUUAGCGAACUGUUCAAUAAAAUAAGUGCUUUGAAUUAUACUAUUUUUUUUUUUUUUGUAUUUAUUAAAAUUUAAAAUAUUGUUUUGUGAUUUAUCUGUUUUAAAAUUUAAAAGCAAAUUGCACAUUAUACAUAUAUAAAUGUUACUUUGUAAAUUUUUAUAACAUUCGUGAAACAGCUUCGAUAAAUAAAUUAAAACGCCCGAUAA